GACCCUGUUCUUCCCCCAGACACGGUGGCCAGGGCUGGGCCCUGAGCUCCCUGAGAGGAGACUGUGGAGACCACGAGCACGGUGGGGCCACCCCGGCCCGCAGAGGCUGCAGGCACCAUGAACGACGUGGCCAUUGUGAAGGAGGGCUGGCUGCACAAGCGAGGGGAGUACAUCAAGACCUGGCGGCCACGCUACUUCCUCCUCAAGAAUGAUGGCACCUUCAUUGGCUAUAAGGAGCGGCCACAGGACGUGGACCAGCGGGAGUCCCCGCUCAACAACUUCUCUGUGGCACAAUGCCAGCUCAUGAAGACGGAGCGGCCCAGGCCCAACACCUUCAUCAUCCGCUGCCUGCAGUGGACCACUGUCAUCGAGCGCACAUUCCACGUGGAGACGCCUGAGGAGCGGGAGGAGUGGACAACUGCCAUCCAGACAGUGGCUGACGGGCUCAAGAGGCAGGAGGAGGAGCUGAUGGAGUUCCAGUCGGGCUCACCCAGUGACAGCUCGGGGGCUGAGGAGAUGGAGGUGUCCACGGCCAAGCCCAGGCACCGUGUGACCAUGAAUGAAUUUGAAUACCUGAAGCUUCUGGGCAAGGGAACCUUUGGGAAGGUGAUCCUGGUGAAGGAGAAGGCCACAGGCCGCUACUAUGCCAUGAAGAUCCUCAAGAAGGAGGUCAUCGUAGCCAAGGAUGAGGUAGCCCACACACUGACUGAGAACCGAGUCCUGCAGAACUCCAGGCACCCUUUCCUCACGGCCCUGAAGUACUCGUUUCAGACACAUGACCGCCUCUGCUUCGUCAUGGAGUAUGCCAACGGGGGUGAGGUGGCAGGUGGCCCUUCGCCUGUGGCCCCUCAGUGUACCCUCCCACAGCUCUUCUUCCACCUGUCUCGUGAGCGUGUGUUCUCCGAGGACCGGGCCCGCUUUUAUGGCGCAGAGAUUGUGUCAGCCCUGGACUACCUGCACUCUGAGAAGAACGUGGUGUACCGGGAUCUCAAGCUGGAGAACCUCAUGCUGGAUAAGGAUGGGCACAUAAAGAUAACAGAUUUUGGGCUGUGCAAGGAAGGCAUCAAGGACGGUGCCACUAUGAAGACCUUUUGUGGGACGCCUGAGUACCUGGCCCCCGAGGUGCUGGAGGACAAUGACUACGGCCGCGCAGUGGACUGGUGGGGGCUGGGCGUGGUCAUGUAUGAGAUGAUGUGUGGCCGCCUGCCCUUCUACAACCAGGACCACGAGAAGCUGUUUGAGCUCAUCCUCAUGGAAGAGAUCCGCUUCCCACGCACACUCGGCCCCGAAGCCAAGUCCCUGCUCUCAGGGCUGCUCAAGAAGGACCCCAAGCAGAGGCUUGGCGGGGGACCCGAGGACGCCAAGGAGAUCAUGCAGCACCGCUUCUUCGCCAGCAUUGUAUGGCAGGAUGUGUACGAGAAGAAGCUCAGCCCGCCCUUCAAGCCGCAGGUCACCUCGGAGACCGACACUAGGUAUUUUGACGAAGAGUUCACAGCCCAGAUGAUCACCAUCACACCACCUGACCAAGACGACAGCAUGGGAAGUGUGGACAGUGCGCGGAGGCCUCACUUCCCGCAGUUCUCCUACUCGGCCAGCGGCACAGCCUGAGGGCCUGCCCGGCAGAGGCUCAGCUGCACUUGCACUCUGGAUCUGGAGCCUCCGGCAGACGACCUGCAUGGCGAUUCCGGAUGCACUGGGAGGAGCCAUGCUAGCCUCCCGGGCUUGGGGAGGAUCAUCCUGCUGGGAUGUGCUCAGCCACCUGGCUAGGUCAAGAGAAAAAUUGUCCUACAGUUUCUCUUAAUUUAUUUCAUCCAAUCUGUUCUCCAAACGUGGCCUGUCCUCAGAACAGCUCCACUCACGUAGGAGGCGUUAGGGUGGGUGCGCUGGCGGCACGGGGUGGUGGCUUGGGGCAGCGACUGCCUGACCGGCUGUGCAUCUGGCUGCCGUCCACCUGGGGUCCAGGGCCUCAUCCCACCUGCAGCACUAGGAGGAGCUUCACGGGGGGCACAAGGCAGUCUCUGCCCCAGGGCUGUGUCUCCAAGGACAUCCUUGGAGCAGCUCUGACAAGCCAGCACAGGCUCACAUGGGACAGCCAUGUACCCUGCCAUUCCCAGACUGCAAGAGCGAAAGCUCGGUGAAAGGAGAGCCCCACCCCCCUCCGGGCCCCGAUGACUUCUGUCUUCGCACUCAUCCUCUCCCAGCUUCACCUCUGACCUCCCACCUGGCCUGUCCUCUCUUGGCCAGAUUUGGCUGCUGCUGCACCAUGCCUUUUUUUUUUUUUACAGCAUUCAACUUUAGAAUUUUUACUAUUAUAAUAUGAAACUUUCCCUCCCAAGUCUUCAAUAAAAAUUGCUUUUCAAAUU